AUGUCGUCCACACCGCCCCCGCCGUCGCCGUCAAGUCUGAGAGUUCCAGGUGCACCACUACAUGGUCCUGGAUAUGACACAUAUGAGCCAUAUCCCACUCGGUCUUCAGCUAGAUUGGCAAGUCAGCGUGCUUCGCGACCGAAAGAAACAACACCACCAAUGUUCCCUGACUCACCAAGUAAAGGUCGAUCUCAAGGUUAUUCACCAAGAAAGUACCGAAGGGUAGAAGAUACGACUCUCUCACCACCAGGUAGUCACUCGAAAUCCCGAGCCGAUGCACAGCGAGGGCGCCUGUCUGGUACUGUAAAUUACGACGAGUCUCGAAUCACUCGACCUUCUUCUACCUUACCACCUUCAACUGGAAUUUUCCAGAGCCAGACCUUACCCACUCCCGCCAAAACUCCAUCAAAGAAGAAGGUAACUGGCGAUCUUUCAUCUACUGCGCGAACUCUCUUCCCACAAAGCACCAAAAUGUCGAGCAGGGUGAAGACUCCAUUCUCGCUCGACAGUCUUGACGAGUCCUCUGGCCCAGCUCGGGGUAUUGAGAUCUUUACAGACUCUCGCGAUCGCAUCCCUGCUCCCUCUCAAGAAGCAGUCAAUCCUUUUCGCAUCCAGUCUGGUCUCGAUGGUGACGGCGAUCGCCCUGUCACUCGUGCCUCUCGUCGAGUACGUGUAGGAGAGGAGACGGAAAUGACCUAUACCUUCCGUGGCAAAUCAUUUAUCAGAAAGCUUGAGGAUCUUGACCAAAUGGAGGACGACGAUCCAAAUGAUUUGGGGCUGUUUGCUGGUCGUGAGCACUUGUUACCUGAUUCUUCUGUCCUUCAAAGAGUGAAACCUCUUCGUCACAAAGACAUCAAGCCUCGGCUGCUCUGGACUGCCGAUGGAAAGCCAGUCCCACGACCUCAGCCAAAGGACGAGAACGUGCCUGCCAAGAAGGACGUUAGAGAGUCUACUGUUGAAGACGAGGCCACCGAUGAAGAAGAUGGCGUGGAUGAUGAACCCCUCUCGCAUAAUCCGAAGUCACCUGUUUUCACUCCUCAAAAGCUCGAGUUCCCACGCGCCCCCGGAGCUACUCGCAAUUUGCGCUCCCAAGCACGCAUGGAUUCUGAGAUUGAAGACACUCCAUCCAUGAGCGCCAUCAAUAUUUCACAGCGCAAGAGCACACCAUUCAAUUCUUGGUUACGAAAGAAGAAGGGACCCGAGGAACUUUCUCCUGCUACCACCCCCGCCAAGCGUGACGCUCGAGACGAGCCUGCGAAGCCCCCGGGUUCUAAGAGAUCCCGGACUACCCGCAGCGCCAACAUUGCAUAG